UUUUUGAAACUUAUAGACCUACAUACAGUAGUGUGUAUGUAAAAACAAUAGAUACUCACUUCUGAGAACCCCUCAGCCUAGUGUGUUGACUUCCGCUGAGGGGAGCAACUCAUCUUUUAGCUUAGUUGUCAUUAAGUUAUGUUAAUGGCAGAAAGUUACAGAGUCCGGUUCGUGAGUGACUGGUCGUCACCUGCUCUGUCUGUUGUCAGCGCGGUGAAGCUGUCAGUCACUCAUUAAUGCAGGUGACUAUAGAGCGCAUUGAUCCGAGCGGCGGCUCUACCGGACCGAGGUUCCAGCAUGGCUUUUCUGACAGACUUUUUUGCUGUGGUUUCAACAAGUCUCUGCUAGACUCGGAGAGAACACUUCAAUGGAAGAGGACAAGAAGAGCUCAGGACAAUAUGAGUCCGGUUCGAGAGAGAGAUGACAGCUUGAAGAAAAAGCUGCUCAGUGAACCUGACAAAAACAUUAGCUCAGUGCCUGACCAGUUCACCAGAACUGUCACCAGGGUCCCAAACAGUGGUCUCAGUGUCUUGUCAUGUGGUCAGUCCUCUGCCGAUGGCACUACCCCCGUGAGUCACCUUCCCUCCCGCUCCAGCAGCCCAGGCACUGGCCCCGGUCUCUCCACAGAGCACAGCUCCAUCUGCUCCUGGAGAUAUGAUGAGUUUGAGCGGGCGAAUACACAGCGUGUGCGUCAGCUCUUUAACUCUGUGGAUGAGCUGCUGUAUGAGGGGAGAGUCAGCAGCCGCUCGGAGUCACUGCAGGAGGAGUGUGAGGAGUGGAACGGACACACCCCUCAUCUCAGAAUUUUAGGGAAUCAGUUGGAGCCUCCUAAACAGGAGGGUGUUCAGUAUAUCUGCAGACGAGAGUCCAGUGCCAGGAACUCCUCCUUCUCCACACCCACCUGUCUGGACAAAAGAGAAGACCAUAGCGAGCUGUAUGUAGCAGGCCGCAGUCUGGCUCCAGGCCUUUGGUGUGAGCAGUCUGUCCGGAGCUCCAGCUCUCCUCAUUAUGAGCAUUCACUUAACCUCACAGAGGAAGAGGAGGUGUAUGAAGCAGAGGGUAGCAUUGAGGAGUUUUUGGCUUAUGAUGGAAAAGAAAUGGAAGAGGAGGAGGUGGAUCAGAGGAAGUCUUCAUCCGUGGCCCCCAGGGGUGGAGUCCCCCCGGUUUCCCCUCAUGCAUGCAUCCGUGAUGCAGUUGCAGAUGAGCUGUUUGAUGACACAUGGAGGGAGGUGGUGGGUCUUCUGGAGGAGCUCUUACACAAGUACUGGGAGAAACAGCUCCCGGACGGAGCAAUGCAGAGGAGGACAUUAGAGAGCUCCAGUCAAGCACCUUCAUCUCAACUCCCAGUUAAAAGACAUCAUCUUCUGUUGUCCAGAGGUUCCAGCAGCAGAACCAGACUCCUGUCAACAUGCAGCAAUAAUGUACAGGUGACAACUUACCAAAACAUGUCCCGAUUAUUACUUUGUCUUUAUGUGAUUAAUUUGUAAUUCUUGUUUCAUUUUUCUGGUGAGUUAAAGUUUUUUUUGUUUGUUUUCAUUUGUGUUAUGGAAAAGCCACUGCAACAGAGGCAUCAGGGAUUUAGUGAGAGAGCGCUGUAUGACCCAGAUGAUGGAGCAAGCAUGUUGAUGUGUGUGAAGACUCAGGCUCUGAGAGGGUCCGGUAUACUCAUACAGAAACCUGCAGCCCAGCGCAGACUCCCCAGACUCAGUGGCAGAGGGAGCCAAAUCUUACGAGGAACUAGACUAUCCACUGUAAAUGAAAGCCUGCCAUCUCCACCAGUAAGUGCCGUUCAGAGCCACAGGCUUCCUCAGAUACACUCUGAGUCUCAAGAGCAAGAAUGCUAUGCGCCUAUUUCCAGGCUUGUGCAGCUCAGAGGAAGGAUCCUAAGAGGCGGCGCUACCAGUGUCAUGCACGCAGUAAACAACCUCCCACCUUUGAGAGAGCCCACCCUGAUGCUGGAGUCUCUGUCUCGGCCCAAUACUACUCACACAUUCAGAUCUGACACCCCUAUGAAAAGGUCCUUCACACCCAUGGAUUUUGCCUGUAACAUGAGGACAAGUCGAGGACUUGUCAAAGGUGAGAGCACACCUAUGGGAGUGACAGGCUUCAGUAUGGGCAUCACCAGCUCUACAGCUAGUGGGUUCUCGGAGUGUGUCACACCCAGCAGGAGGCGUCUACCCUGCGCUGACGGGGAUGGAAGGAACAUGCCUCUGAUCGGAUCUAUAGGUGGCCAGAAUCACCGGAAACAGCUGAGCCGGUUUCCAGUGCAUAUGAGGAAGAAAUUUCAGCCUGUUAUGCAAUAGCAUGGUAGUUAAUUUUGUAAUUAAACAAAAGAGCUUAAUGAGCCAGAUGAU